AUGGAUGAACUUGAUGACAGGACGGUGAUCAGGGCAGUGGAGGAUGCGUUGGUUUGUCACACGACAGUAAAAGAUGGAACGGUUGCGCAAGAUUGUUUCAACUAUCCAUCUUUAGAGAAUAAUGGCGACCUGAGUGAUGGCGGGGACGGAAUAGUUGAGGAUGACGCGGUGUUUGUUGAAGACGGCGGAGGAAUUCUGUUGACCGCCGGGAAGACGUGUAUUGGGAAGGACAGAAAUGGCAGCACUCCUGUGGAGGACGAAGAUAACAUGACAAAUGUCCCUUUGUCAUGGGCUGGCGAGAGCUUUUGGGAUGAAGUUAUAGCCAUAGAAAAGACUAUGGACGAGAAAGUAGACGAGGGGAAUGGAGCUAGAAAUAACACGGAUUCUGCAGAAAUGGAGUCGGAGGACUACGACUUUGACUUGAUGGGUGACUUUAUUGAGAGAGAAUAUCCAAAUGAUUGGGAUCCACUAAAAGUAGGUCUUGGGUUGGAGGUUGGAUCGACUUCUGGGAAGGAUAUCGUUGAAAAAGACGCCAUGGUUUAUCGGUGA